CAAUGGAUCAAGUGAAGAAAAAUCCAAUCGACCCUAAAGACAAAGUAUUUUAAUUGAGAGGUUCUGCAAAACCAAGAACAUCAUUCUUCGUUUCCAAGAUCUUUUUAAAGAAAUUUGAUGAAGUUGAAAUUCAUGCUCUUGGAGAUGCUAUAUCAGGAGCUGUCAGAUGUGCUGAAACUCUUUAGAGAUAGGGUAAUCACUUAUCUUCUCAUAUUAGGUCUUGCUACAAUCCAAAAGAUUGAAACCUUAACAUAAACAUUAGAAAGAGGAUAAAAGGUUAAAAUUAUUGUAUCCCUCAGAGUUACACCAGAUGGAAAGAGAAGAAUUAAUGAAGAAAUCAAAUAAUGAGUU